AUAGCCUAGCCUAUGAAAUUACUGCACAUUUAUAUUAACGCUAAUAUCCAGCUUUGUAUAAGUAUACGAUGUUGUAGUAGUUCUAGUGCUUUUAUAUUAAUCUCUUCCUGACAGACAUGGAACUGACAGUAAAACUGUUGGGCGGAGAUGAGAAGCGGCUGGUGGUGAGCGGUGAUGCCACAGUUGGUGAACUCAAGCAGCUCAUUUCUCAACACUUCAGUGAACCUCGUCACAAACAGAAGCUUUCUAUCGACAACGGUCACCGUAUCAACCUUGAUGAUGAUUCCAGAAGCCUCAGCAGUUACGGGUUGCUCUCAGACACAGUGGUGAGUCUUGUCAUCACGAAACCUCGACCUUUCCAAGUGUUCGUCACGAACGUGAAGGGCCAGACCAAAACCUAUGAUGUUGAUGUCAAUGAGACCGUAGAUCAGCUCCAGACUAAGAUCUCCCGCAAAGAGAAUGUCCCCAAUGAUCAGCAGAUACUGAUUUGCAACACCAAACAACUGGAGGCUGGAAAGAUGCUGCAAGACUAUGACAUCACAUCUGGAAGCACCAUUCAAAUGACUCUCCGUCUCCGAGGAGGAUAAUGAAGGA